AUGCCGGGAGGCGUCCUGGUGCCAGGCGCGGCCGUAGGGUCUCCUGAUGAGGCCCACAGUUGUUUCGUUGGGGACCUGAGCCCGGACGUGAACGAUUUCCUGCUUCAGGAGAGCUUUCGGCAGUUCUACCCCAGCGUCCGGUCCGCAAAGGUCAUCACGGACCCCGCGACCGGCCGCUCCAAGGGCUACGGCUUUGUGCGCUUUGCCAAUGAGAUGGAGCGCGACCGCGCCCUCGAGAUGCAGGGCUUCAACCUCAGCGGCCGCCCCAUACGCGUCAGCCUCGCGACCGCGCGCCGCGCGGGCGGCGGCGGCGCCGCGGCCUCCGCCGCGGGCGCCGCCGGCGCGGCGUCUGCGGCGCCGCACCCCGCGGAGCUCGACCCGACCAACACGACGCUCUUCAUCGGCGGCCUCAGCGCGGGCGUGUCUGAGGACCAGCUGCGCGCGAUCUUUGGGCAGUAUGGCGAGACGGUGUACGUCAAGAUCCCCGCCGGCAAGGGCUGCGGCUUUGUGCAGUUUGUUGAGCGCCCCGCCGCGGAGAUGGCCAUGGCCGCGCUCAACGGCCAGAUCAUCGGGACCAACGCGAUCCGCAUCAACUGGGGCCGCUCCACCAGCCGGGCCCCCGUCGCCGCGCGCAACGGCGGCCUGCCGCCGGGCGCGGGCGCGGGCGCCGGCGCCCUCGGCGGGCUGGGCGGCGCGGCGGCGUUUGGGGGCGCGGGGGCGGCGUUCCCUGGGGGCGCCGCGUACGGCGGGUUCAACGGCUCCGGCAUGCUGGCCGCCAACGGCUUUGGCCCCUCCGCCGCCUUCGGCCUGUCCGCCCCGAUGGCUGCCCCCCCGCUGGGCGCGCUCGGCGGCGGCCCGCAGGGCGCGCCGCAGCAGCAGCUUCCCGGCCUCAGCAGCGGCCUCGGCCUCGGCGGCGUGUCCAACGCGCUGCUCAGCGGGUUCGGCUUCGGGCCCGGCGCGGGCGUCGGCGGCGGCGGCGGCGGCCUGGGGCCGCAGGGGCUGCAGUUCCAGUUUGACCCGACUGGGGCCAUUGGCAUUGACAAGCUCAACGCCGCGUUUGCCGCGCGCCAGCAGCAGCUGCUCGGCGGCGGCGCCUUCCUGCUGCCCCGGACCUGA